AUAAAAGUAAAAAAAUAAGUAAAAGAGUGAUUUCAUAUUGUCCAGAGCCUCUCGCUUUCGUUCCGUAUUUCUCUCUUUCUUUUUCUCUUCCUCAUUUCUUCCAUUUCUUUGAUUUUCUUGAUUCAAAUUCUAGCAAUUUCUUUGGUGUAUAGGGCGAUUUGGUUUCUGGGCUCUCUCUCUCUCUCUCUCUCUCUCUCUCUCUCUCUCUGCAUUUGAUUGUAUUGAAUUUGAAGGAUUUGAGAUUGGAUCAUGUCGUCGUCAUCAUCUGCGCAGCUUCGGCUGAUGUCCGAUCUCAAAGCGAUAACAAAUGAACCUCCUGAGGGGUGCAGCGCGAGCCCAUUCGCUGAAGAAAAUCUGUUUGUGUGGAGUGCGAUGAUAUUCGGUCCCGACGAAACGCCUUGGGAGGGUGGUGUGUUCGGGUUGCGGUUGAUUUUUGGGGAUAAUUAUCCGGGGAAGCCCCCUCGCGUCCGAUUCACAUCGGAGGUUUUUCAUCCCAACGUUUAUCACGAUGGGGCACUCUGCAUGGACAUCAUUCAGGAUGCAUGGUCACCAUGUCACAAUGUUUGUACUAUUUUGACAUCAAUUCAGUCACUACUCACUGACCCAAACCCGGCAAGUCCUGCGAAUCCCGAGGCCGCUCAACUCUACCAACAUGACAUUCAGGCUUAUAACAGGAGAGUCCGACGAUGUGCUCGCAAGUCUAUCGAAUGUUUGUAGCUUCUGGGGUCCAUCCUUGUCGAUCCAUUGAGUCGACCACUUCUCGGUAUCUUUAAUCACCUUACAUUCUUUUCUUUUUUCAAUGUUGUGUAGAUAGAUGAUUGUUGUUGUUCAGGUAGUGGGGAAAAAAAAGCCAAAUUGCACAUUUUUUGCAAUAAUACAUGAGACCAACUUCUCUGUGUA